GUCAAUUACUUUCGGUAAUCGACGCACAUUAAUUGUCACGCAUGGUUGCCCUGUGCAUGUGUCAUGUGCCGAGAUGGGUUUUCACUGUUGAAUAUACCGUCAGUGAAUAGAGGCGUGGAGAGUGUUCAAAUUGACAAACGGGUGUAGAGUUUUAAAAUUACUCGAGUAAUCUUGGUAUAGAGCAUUUAAAAGGUUCUCUUAUCUAGAAAGAAACCAACAUGGCCUAUACAAUGGUGGUUCUACUAUUUGUGAUGAUUAUUCCGUGUAUAUUCGGCGCGGAAGUGGAACACCACGAAGACCAUGUUGAAAUGAUGUUGGACCCUUUUGAUCGUGUAAAGGAUUUAUUAAAGAUUCACACAACGGGUUUGACUCUGGCUAAUCUGAAUACCCUUAUCCAAAAACUUUCAUCAAGGAUUCAUUGUACUGCCCCAACAAGCCAACCAGGUGCCCAACAUUGUGCCCACUCCUUGUGUUUGUCCGGAAAUGACGUCUUCAGCUUCCUUGGCCUCGGGGAGACAAACCAUUUAUUGGAAUCUCAUUUCGGAGAUCUUUCCAUUCUUUUGUUGUAUUACACCACUACAGCCAAGAACCACUGUAUGCAGGCAGUCACCAUCAAUGCCACGUCUUCCAAGAAAUUUUACAGCGACGAGAUUACCAAAUUUUUCUCUAGAGGGCAACUGUCUUAUAAUUCAUUGACAGAAAAGACGCUACAAGAAGCCCUUGAGGAUCUUAAUGAUGUUUACGAGUCUGAUGAUGAAGAACACCAUGACGAUCAUUCAGAGGAACAUCACGAUGACCACGAUGAUCAUAUGACGACAUCUGACCACACUAAUGAUCAUGAUCACGGUCAUGAUGAUGAUCACGUGACAGCGCCUUCCACCACUAAUGAUCAUGACCACGACCAUGAUGAUGAUCACGUGACAGCGCCUUCCACCACUAAUGAUCAUGACCACGAUCAGGAUGAUGAUCACGUGACGGCGCCUUCCACCACGAACCAACACGCGGAUGAUGAUGGUCAUGACCAUUCGGAAGAGACGGACGACAGUCACGAACAUGACGACGAUGACCAUAACAUCAAAAUUCAUCAGGUCAAGUGUUUGAGUGCGGGGCGUCUGUAUGAUGAAAUGUACAAAGAUCCUUUGGAAGACAUGUUUGGUGAUGAGCACGAUUUGGAGGGACUAUCUCAGCUGCUUCUCUACCAUCUGCUGUCAGGUGACAAAAUAUCCAGCAACUGCCGCCUUUUGCCAAGAAAGAAUUUUAUAGAAGAUGGUCUCCUACAAUUUGUGAACGCCUACAACAACACAAUCAUGAAAACUGAACUACAGAAAUUGAUGACCACUCUUGGUUUGGUACAAACUAGUAAUACAAUGCCAGAAACGGGAGACUCCCAUGAUGGACAUGAUCAUCGCAGACGCAAGAGGGCGCUACCGACUUCACCAUCCUUUGCCAGUAAAUGCUACAGUGCGGAUGAGAUCACGGCCAUCUACUCCACGAGAAACACAGACAACUUGACCAAGAAAAACUUCUUGGAGCUGUGUCCAUCUCUGAUAUACCAACAAGUAUCAAAAGCAUGCGCACCAGUUCCACAAGAUAUAAAGAAAAAGGCAAUCAGAAACGACGAAUCCUAUGGAUACGGAACACUGGCUGUCUUUAUCGUCUGCUUGUGUUCCAUUGCGGCGAUACUUUUCAUCCCGCUGGCUAAUACAGUCUGUCUGAAGACCUUCGACUAUGUGUUGGCCGUCUUUCUGGGAUUGGCGGUCGGGACCCUGAUGACUGAUGCUAUUCUACAUUUGUUUCCAGCAGCUUUUGGAUUGCACGUCCACUCAGAGGAUGAACACAAUCAUGAUGGGGUCACUAUGGAGCCCUAUGUCGGUUACGGACUAGCCGCUAUAGCUGGUAUUUACGCAUUUUACUUCAUGGAGAUGGUAUUUAAUUUGCUGAGUAAAACCAACACUUCUGAUGACGAACACGGUCAUUCACACAUACACAGCCUGGACAAAAUCGAGUUACACAGCGGCAUGAAAAAUGGAAAAUCGGAAUCGAAAUCGGAACUAUACGACAAACAGAGUAUCUCAGAAUCCGUAGGCAAACCCGAGAUUCAGACAGCGGGAGCCCGGGCCUUGAUUUUAAUGGUGCUGUUGGGAGACGCCCUCCAUAAUUUCGCUGAUGGUCUGGCGAUUGGAGCAGCAUUCACUGAGAGUUCCUCUGUGGGCAUUGCCACAACCAUCACGGUGUUCUGUCACGAACUCCCACACGAAUUGGGAGACUACGCCAUCUUGGUAGCUAGUGGAAUGUCGAGAACACGGGCUCUGUUGUUCAAUUUUCUGUCCUCCCUCACGGCAUUCAUUGGUCUAUAUAUUGGCGUUUCCGUGUCCACAGACGACAUCGUCCGUCAAUGGAUCUUCGCCGUGACCGCAGGACUAUUCCUGUACAUUGCCCUGGCAGACAUGAUGCCACAUAUGACGAGCGGAGGAAAGGGCACGCGGGGGAAGAGACUGAAGAUGAUCAUUUGCAACAACAUCGGCAUAUUCAUUGGAGUAAUGGUGUUGGUUCUUCUUUCCUUAUUCGAAUCAAAAAUUAAAGUGUAAACAGUAUAGUGCAAAUUAUUUCGUGCAAUUUAAAAUCUUCAUGUCAUAUCUAUUCACCUAGACCAAAGUACCAUGAGUUUAUUCAACCACUUUGCGUUCGUCGCCAAUUGUACACAUUUUUCCAACAUCUUCUCUGAAACCACUUGGUCAUAGACCAGAACGAACCUGAAAUUCCUAUAAGAGUAUGAAUUAACCUGUAUUCACCUAUUGCCAAGAAUGACUGCAGUUAACUAAAGCUUGAAAAUGAGAUAAAGUACACUUUUGAAUACUCCAAGUAACAUAUUGUCCGUUAGGUGUCGCUUUUGCUCCGGGAAGACCUUCAAUAUUUUUUUUUAUCAUGAAUGCGUUAAUUGAAAUUGACGCAUCUGUCUUGGAUUGAAUCAUGUACGUUAAAAGCUUUUAAUGUUGAGAACGAGGGGAAGUCACACAGGACUGGACGGGCAGUAAUUAUUAUGUGUAUUGCCUGCAAGUGCCUGGUUUAUCACAUUUGUUAAUAUGAUCAAUGUAUCUUACAGGGCCGUAAAUUACAUGGAGGCGGAGGAGGCAGCUGCCUCCUCCAACUUUUGAGCCAAAAAAAAUUAAAAUUUAAAGUUCAUUAGAAUUUAUGUUGUUUCCAAUAACUAAGAACAUGAUACCUCCCUUAAAAAGCAUUCCAAAUCUUUCUUUUAGAAUGAGUUAGUCAAGUAACAUCUUAGAAUCAAGGAUUUUGCACGAAACGUGUUCAGUGUGCACAAAAUGUGCGGCCCCCAGACCCCCGCCUAAUUUCCUGCCUCCUCCAAAUUGAAGGUUAAUUUACGGCCCUGAUCUUAGGUCUACAACGAAUGCAACCAUAAUUUGUUUUUAUUUAGUUUUAAUCCAUCGAAUUAGACAAGUAAAUUAAAUAAAACUGUAAUCCUCAUGUUCUUAACUUCAACACAUCAACUAGCUGUGUUUUCUUCUGGCAACUCUUAUUGGGUGAAAAAACCCUGUAUAUGUAGAACAGCUAUUGAUAGACUAUCUGAAUAGCAGCGAUCUGUCAGCUGAGCAAGAAACAUAUCACUUCUCAUUAAUUUGUAUAUUAUUUUUUUUAUGGCAUAUACUCUGUGUGAAAGAAAUUCGUCCUAAGUAAGAGUGUCUAGUAUAUUCAAUACUGUUUUACAAUGUAUGAUGUUGGAUUUUUUCAUCAAAAUGUUUUCACAAGGAAUACUGUAUGCAGGGAAAUAUUCGCCCCCGUGUUAUUUUCGUCCUCGUUGUCAGUGGACUAAAUCAAAACUGGGCGAAACUGUUUUCUCUCUUUAUCUCUAUUUAACCAGAACUGGGCCUGGGCGAAUGUAAAACGUGGUGAAACCAUCUGCACGUGUAACGCGAAAAUAACACGAGGCAAAAAUAACCUUGUAUACAGUAUUUAUACAUGUAUAUCGUUAUCGCAAUAGUGUUGGGAAGCGAGGAUACAUUCCCACUAAUAACAAAGAAGUUAUAUAUCAAAACAAGAUAUUUUGUUUACAGGUGUACACCAUGUGUUUGAAAGAUACUUUAUCAUUUUAUUUGUAUUUUCUGCAAUAUAUCUGUGAUAUAUACCGGUAAAAUGUUUUAUUAUUAGUAUACAGUAUCUUACCUUUUCAACAAUUUUAUUAUCGAUCAUGAAUGAUAAUUUGGAAAGGUGGAAUAAAAAUGUUAUAAAACUAA